AUGCGUGUCCAUCAGCCGCCCGAGCCUCCCCUCACCAGCGCCGAGUCGUCCGCCGACGAGGACAUGGCCGACAAGAUCACCGAUGUCCAGGUAAACGACCUGCUGCGGGUCCUGCGCGCCGAAGUCCCCAUCGACACCAAGGUUGCGCAAGUGACAGCCAUCAAGUCCGGCAUCAAGCAGCACAAUGUCCCCGACAACUGCGUCGCGCCGCUGUUCGAGGCCCUGCGCUCCGCCUCGGCCUCGCAGCAUGCCGUGCUUGUCAACGCUGGCUUCACCGCCCUCAACCACCUGCUGACGCGCCUGUCGCGCCAGGAGCCCAAGUUCAUCGCCAAGGAAGCCGCCCGCACGCUGCCGCUGAUCGUCGAGAAGAUGGGCGACCCCAAGGAGAAGUUCAGGACCCUCGCGCUGCAGUGUAUGGUCACCAUCUGGCUGAUCGCGCCGGCCGACGCCGAGCGAUUCAUCCGCAACACUGCUAUGGUGGGUAAGAAUCCCAGAGCAAAGGAGCUCAGCCUACAGUGGCUUCUUCAGAUGCACCAAGAGAAUGGGCUCCAAUUCCGAACCUACGUUCCUACUCUGAUGGAACUUCUCGAGGAUGCGGACGGCAUGGUUCGCGACGCGGCAAAGAGCACAGUCAUUGAGCUCUUCAGAAAUGCUCCAAAUGCUGCAAAGUCAGACCUGAAGAGGCAAUUAAAGAACUUCAAGGUCAGGCCAGCUAUUGAGCAAGCGAUUGUCAAGGAAUUGGUGCCUACAUCCGCGGUUUCAGCAGUGGAAACAGAGGCCAUAAAUGAUGCGCCACCUCCGCCGCGCCCAAAUCUUGCCGCCAGUCUAUCAUCCCUAUCUGCCGAGCGACCGAUCACUCCAAUGUCGGAGGCUCGUCUAGAUUCAGUCGAGCCAUCGUACGUGAACACCCAACGAGAGCUCGACGACAUAUUUCGAGAAAUGCAGCCUCACUUCGAAGGAAGGGAAACCGAGCACAACUGGCUGAAGCGAGAAGAGAGCAUAACCAAGCUACGACGCCUCAUGGCUGGCAACGCUGCGAGUGAUUUUCCAGACCAGUUUCUUGCUAGCCUGCGCGCAAUGCUCGACGGCAUCAUCAAGGGAAUUGUGUCUUUGAGAACCAGUCUCACCAAGGAGGGUAGCAGUCUUGUCCAAGAUAUUGCAAACAUGUACGGCCCCGCCAUGGAUCCAAUGGUUGAGAUCCUAAUGCAGACGUUCAUCAAACUAUCUGCAUCCACGAAGAAGAUCACUUCGCAAACGGCGAACGCCACCAUCGACACGAUCAUUGGCAAGGUGACCUACAACGCUCGAAUUAUGGCACAUGUCUGGGGCGCCUGUCAAGACAAGAACGUUCAGCCUAGACUGUAUGCUAGCGGAUGGCUGAAGACUUUGCUCAUCAAGGAAGCUCAUCAUAAAAGCCAUGUCGAGCAUACUGGAGGCUUGGACGUGAUCGAGAAAUGUAUCAAGAAGGGGCUUUCCGAUUCCAAUCCAGGUGUAAGGGAGAAGAUGAGGUCUACAUAUUGGACAUUUGCAGGUAUUUGGCCUGCAAAAGCACAGGCUAUCAUGAAUGGGUUAGACGCAACAGCACAAAAACUGCUGCAAAACGAUCCCAACAAUCCCAACUCACCAAAGAAGCCGGAGCCUGCUGCAAGACCUGGUCUUGCAACGCUAAAGGCAUCACCGCCUAAGGAAGCAGCCACGCCUCCCCGAGUACUGGAGCCGGUCUCUGACACACCAGGCAGUGAAGCACCUACACCAUCAAGAUCGCUCAGGGUCUACGAAGACCCCUUCACUCAUGAUCAGCCCACUCCCAAACCAGUCUUUGUGGUCCCGGUACUAGAGGACAAGCCCGUUAAUGCAGAUGCUGCCAAUCUAGUGAAGCAGGAAGACGACAUCAAUGCUGGUAGAGGUCCGGUGUUCUCACCGGAGAAGGCAAAGCAAAACUCUCGCUUGUUAGACAGCGGCAUCGCCAAGGUCAAGGCCAAGUCCCUUGAUGUCCACGGCUUCAGGAAGCUGCAAGGCAUCCUACGAGACAACAAGGCAUCGUUCACAGACGAGAAGUUUGAGUCACUAUUGCUCGGUCUCUUCGAGUACCUGGAGGCGCCGCUCUCCGAUUUUGCGCCCGAGAAGGUGCAGGAUGUCAAAGCUCAGAUCCUGGCAACCAUCAAGCUGCUGCUCAAGAAGGAGCGCGAGAACUUCCAGCCGCACGUUUCGCGAGGGCUGGAAUCACUGCUAGCCACUCGUUCCGGCUACGAUGCGCGCACGCACAUCGUCUCCGGCCUCGAGCUGCUGGCCGACGAGCUCGUCACUCUCGGCGAUGCGCAGGAGAUUGCCGCGGUGCUGACCAAGCGGCUGAGCGGCAUGGACAUGGAUACCUCCGGGUCCCGGUCCCUCAGCAUGGGGCUCCACGUCCUAAAGGAGAUGAUCGACUCUAGGACCGCGUUCGUCCCGACGGACGGCGAGCUCACGAACCUCGCCGGUCUGUGCGGCCGGUGUUUGGAGUCCAGCGAGUCGGGUGUCCGCAUGGACGCGGUGCAGCUGUGCGUUGCGCUCCAUGCUCGUGUCGGAGACGCCCGCUUCUGGGACUACUUGAAGGGCGUCAAGGAGGACCCGAAGAGCCUCAUUACGUACUACAUUGUCAAGCGGCAGAGGGAGACGGCCACGGCCUAG